AUGGACGAGCUGGUCUCGCUCCGAUACACGGCCUCCCAACUACGGUUCGCUUUCGUCGUCCUCCUCGAGCAGGACGCCAAGCCCCGCACGCUGUACGAGAAGUACGAGACACACUUGAUGAAAGAUUUCCUCGACAGGGGUCUCUCCAAGGACACCGCCCGCCAGGAGCUACAGCGAACGCUCAAAGCAUCCUGGCUGGCCCAAGGCAACACUGAGGAAGCCUGGGUUCUACACUCCCCCGCUCACCCCACCACUGCCCGCGGCGCGCCCGUGCCCGACUUCACCCAUUGCACCCCAGCAACAGCGGCAUCAGAAGCCAACAGACUGUGGAACCUGAUCAAACGAGACCCGGAUCAGUCCGGGGCCGCCAAAGACGUCAUCGACGGCGUGCGUUCUGGCGCGUCCAAGCUCAUUUUCUGCCAGGGUCGAGCCGGCUGCGGCAAAUCCACCCUCGCCAAGUACAUCUCCUACUACGUGCGGUCCCUCGGCAAAAGCUGCGUCAACGUGGCUUCAACGGGCAUAGCGGCCUUAAACUUGCCAGAUGGGGCCACCGCGCACUCGACUUUCAAGAUCCCGAUAGAAGACGCAGAGCACCUCACCUGCCGCCUGGGGCACUCCUCCGCGGGCGCCCUCACCAUCGCGGCCGCUGCCGUCAUUCAGUGGGACGAGUGGCCAUCUUGCAAACGCGCUGCCUGGGAUGCGGUCCUCGACUACCUCGCGCUCCUGCAGCAGGCUCGGCCAGACAUUUACGUCCCAAAAGUCAUCAUCACCUACGGGGACUUCCGCCAGAUACCGCCUGUUCUGAAGCACGCGUCUAGACAGGAUGUCCGCGCCGCCAGCGUCACAACGUCGGCUUCGUGGCCCUCCUUCCGCACUUGGCAACUCCGCACCACGCACCGACAAAUCCACGACAGUGACUACGCUUCAUGGAUCGAACGCAUCGGCCAGGGCGAGGUUCCGCACACGCACACCAUUGAUGGCGAACCCGGCUAUAUCGAGCUCGACCGCUGCUCCGUGACCCACACCAUGGACGACGCCAUCACUCAUUGCUUCCCACACAUAAACGACCCCGCCGAGUGCGCCGAUCGGAAGAUUCUGACAGCAACGAUUGAGGCGAGAAACACCUUUAACGACCGUAUCCUGGAUACUCUGACGCGCACUUAUCUGCUGCACGAGUUCAUCGCCAAAAGCUCGGACGCCAUUGAAUACGACUCCAACAACGACACCGUCGAAGAUCACAUCACCGCCGAGUUCCUCAACCUGCAGGACGAGAACGGAGUCCCCCCACACGCUCUCCGGCUCGUUGUUGGCGGCCUCUACGAGCUGAUGAGAAACUUCAGUCCGUGUGAUCGCUUGAUGAACCACACGCACGUCGUGCUCAAAUCGGUCUACGAGAAACACGUCCUCGUGGAGCGGCCAGCUGGCAACGCGGUCCUCGACACGUCCGUGCCGGUGCGCGCGCAGCCCGACGUUGGGGACCGCAUCCGCGCGUCCCUGUACACGGUGAACGUCACGAUCGAGAUGGUCGACACGCCGACGAAGGCCAACGCGGGUUCUCGCCUCGCGCUGUCCGACGGCAUCAGCAUGCGCAGCGGGGCCCCCGCCAACCGCCACGGCCUCACCACUACAGUGAAGAGGGCCACCGACCUGCUGAAGUUGAACCAGCCACCCAACGGAGUAUGCGUUUCCGCUGAAGGGCUCCAGCCACCGCAGGCCGGGCAUAACCCUACCUCCGGGAGGAGUUGGGCCUGGGUGGUGGCCGCCUAUGGCGACAGCGCCAGAGCCGCCUCCCUCGCCACGGAGUACGUGGCGACCCGCGCCGUCGACAUCAUCACCCACUGCUUCUUGAAGGCCGACCUCCACGUCCCGGCGACUGACACCCAGUGCGCCUGGUCCGCCAAGUCCACGCUGCUGAACAAUCGGGUGUCCAUCCGCCGCACGGGCUCCAUGACGAAUGGCCAGACGUACGAGCUCAACGACCUGAUCAAUUUCGUCUACACGAUCCACCCGAACGUCCCGCCCAAGGUGGCCCGCGCACUCAAGGACUUCUUCGACGCGUACCCGUCCAUCAUCACGGAGGGUGCAGGCCCGGCCCUCGUAGGCCCCGCCUCCACGACCGUGCACCACAGCACUUCCGCUGCGGCCGCAGCGCCGAAGCGCGGGGUGAAGCGGCCCCCGGCGCCCAGCGCGGCGAAGAAGGCCAAGAAGCGCUGA